GAAACUUUUCUAUGAGGACGCAACAAUGAACGCUGAGAAGACACACUGGUUUUGGGUGAUUAGGGAGACCCAGCCCAGCGAGGCCCUACCCCUGCCACGGCCCGCACACUAUACCCACGCAAUGAGGGAGGUGGAGGCUGCGCUCGCUGAAGGGAUGCGAGGUCUACUCAUCUAUCAAGAGGUGCAAAACCGGACGAGCAGAUUAAAGAACAGCCGAGUGGUGGUGCACAGUGUUGAGAUGACAGGAGACGGGUCUUGGCGCCUGAGACUAGCCCUCUCAGGGACCCAUAGCCAGCUGAACACGCUGACACCACUGUGGCCAACACCUCCAUUCAACCUGAUGGGACGAAGACUGAGAAUAAAUUGUCUCAAGAAACCGACGGUGUUUUUAUUCAAUGACGGCGAACAACUGGAAGACGCCCAAGGCUACGCGGCAGACAUUGUGCAAGAAAUCAAGCGUCAACUAAAUUUUACCGACAUUCUGGUUCCUAACACCGGGUUCGGAGCUUACAGGAAUGGCUCUUGGAAUGGUAUGGUGGGAGACCUUCUUUACGGGAGGGCUGACGUGUCGCCACUGGAUUUCACACCAAUCUGGCAACGCUCUGUGGUGAUCGACUUCGGACGUAUCUACAGCACGGACGACGUCGUCAUCAUCUCCCGCACCCCGCGGGCUUUCGUUAGACCCCUACUGCUGCUGCAAAUAUUCACUCCGUUUGUGUGGGCGUCGCUGGUGGCGGUGGCGAUAGCGGCGGGCCUGGCGCUGAGCAUACUGGUGAAGGCACGAGAGGUGACGCUGCACAAGGAAGGCAGCAAAGGAACCUUCGCUUAUUGCCGGGCCACGUUUGGAAUAUUUGUUUACCAAAGCAGCAACGUGUGGCCUCGGGUGUCGGGCGGCAGGCUGGUUGGCGGCAGCCUCAUGCUGGCGGCCGUGGUGGUGGGCUCCCUUUACUCAGGCUCCAUCACUGCCUUUCUCACCAUACCCUCCAGGUCUUCACCGAUCAACUCUUUGGAGGAGCUGCUUGAACGCAACCUUGUGCCCGCCAUAAGAAUGUUGAGCAGCCCUUACAAUUUCUUUCUGACGGAGGACUCGGGGCAGCUCGGGGCUCAGGUGCGGAAGGUGAUGGUCGUGUUUAGUGGUGAAGAGGUGACGCAGUGGGAGUUUCUGAAGAAGGUAGCAGACGGUACAUACGGCUUUAUCGCGGAAGAGUAA